AUGGGUGGACGCUAUGCACGGUACUGGAUUGUUGGGCAUUCUGGCUACGACAUAGGCGAUAGCGACACAUCAGAGCGAGGGAGCGAGGAGCGGCCGCCGAGCAUGCUAGACACGAUUGUCGAGGCCAGCGCGAAACGAGUAUACGAGGCGAAUACACAAUGGCGCCGCGCCGGCCAAGCGAUCCAGGGCGCCGACUACGAUAACGAGUUUAUAAAAGAUAUGGGCUGGGUCGAGUUUACAGAGGGAAAAGACCGUGCGGUGAUUGCCAAAGCGACAUGCUGGGUCCGCAGCAAAGAGAUGGACGUGAACACAGCAGACGAACCGGCUGAGCAAGGGGCACAGUUGGCGAUGCUAUGCGAGAGCAUCAUCAGGGUGAUGCAACAGUGCGUACCACGGAUCCGGGCUGUGCCAAAGGCUAUCCGGCAGCGGGUACACGGCAUAGAGGAAGGCAAAGGCAACCCGACGCCGUUUAAGAUGCAUGCAGGCGAAAACACGCUUCACAAAUACGGCAUUAUACUGCAGCGCUAUAUAUGUUUCUGCUGGCGGGCGUUCCGGCUGGGUCAGGAUGAGGCGCGCGACCGGUUAGGUAUGCGCUUCACAGACGAGCAAUGGGGCUUGCUAUGUGAUGUGCACCAAGCACUACAAGAGCGAGAGGAUGCGGACGACAGCGGUAUCGGCAACUGCAACAGCUCUGACAGCUCGGAAGGCGGCAUCCACAGCGAUCCAUACGCUGGUGACACAUACGAUGAUAGAGCGUACAACAGCGACAUAAACGAGAGUCCCACGGCAGAGCGACAGAGUAUACCACCACGCAGCGAAUACCAAGCGCAAAGCUAUGAGCCACUAGACACAGCUCUCUUCCAGUUCAUAAUGGCAUCCGUCAAGGUCAAGGUGGGCGGGGCAUUAUACACGAACGCGCUGCUGUGCUUCUUCGCAGCCAUGGCGAUCCGGACGGGCGGCGGAGGGUUCCAGCCCGCGGGGCUCUUCUCCGGGAUGGUGGCCGCCAUGUUAUGGGUGCUUCGACUGUUCUUUCUUGAGGAUGCGUUCCGGGACAUGCCGCUAGACGCUGAGGAGAUUCCCGUGGAGAAGAUGGAGCAGUUCGCGACGCAGCACGCUGCAUGGCUCUGCGUGGACCGCUUCACUGUGGUUAAUACCAUGAUCAACUGGAUGGCAUACGCGAAAGGGCACCGUAAUAAGACGCUAGCAACGGCGAGCGUGCGGUGGACUGACGACAACGAGACGCUCAUCCACAACGGCGAGCAUCUUCGCAUCCACGAGUUUCAACGGGCCGCGUGCCGGCUGCAGCUAGGCGUUGACCGUCUCGCUAACACACUCUUCGGCGGCCAGUGGGGGACCAUCGGGCCGAACAUAGACCUGCAGGGCAUCAAGGACGACACGACAUUUCUCGGUGCCGGCGAGUCCUUCGCGACGAAUAAGGCCAAUGCGUGGCUACGCUCCGGGGCACGUCUGGCCAUCCAGGCAUCGCAGUCAGCACUGUUCGACGCCCGACUGAACUAG